UGGCUCAUUUGACUCAAGCUGGCAAGGAGCCUUUUGAGUAUCACCCUGGUAACUGCCUAGCAACCAGAUGGGAUUACCCUAGCAACCAAGUAGCAAAACUCAUAUCUCUGCACCAGAACAUCGUAGAAACUUCCUUCUUUGGCUUGUUUUACUCAGUCUAGCAAUGAGCCUUUUAACUAUCACCCUGUUAACUGCCUAGCAACCAGAUUGGGUUACCCUAGCAACCAAGUAACAAAACACAUAUCUCUGCACCAGAACAUCGUAGACACUUCCGGGUUGGCUCAUUUGACUCAGGCUUCCAAGGAUCCUUUUGAGUAUCACCCUGGUAACUGCCUAGAAACCAGAUGGGGUUACCCUAGCAACCAAGAUACAAAACACAUAUCUCUGCACCAGAACUUCGUAGACACUUUCGGGUUUGCUCAUUUGACUCAUGCAGGCAAGGAGCGUUUUGAGUAUCACCCUGGUAACUGCCUAGCAAACAGAUGGGGUUACUAAGCGCUAACACAUGCUAGCAAUGUCUAGCGAAGUGCUAAAACAUGUUAGCAAUUUAUAGCUAAGCAUUCUAUCUAUCAAUAAACUUUCAGACUGUGUCACUUUUUCAAGCCAACCUAAAGUUUGUCCACAAACUUUUCAAUCUAGUUAUACAUGAACUAAAAACAAUCCUUGAUUAAAAAUCCAUGAACUCAAAUAACAGGUCGAUGAUCUUCUGAAAUGUCAAAAGUACAUUCACAUUUGACAAAAACUCUGCAAGACUGAAAUUUGAUGGUCUGUAAAGUAGUGCGAGAGGUGCUUGUUUGGGGGCUAUAAAAACAUUAAAACAUUUAGAUUUUCCAUAUUUGUUAUUGUGUAUAUGAACUUUGCCAAAUAAAUUCUUAAGCUUCCAAAUAAAAUUAACAGAUUCUUUCUUUAUUCUUAAAGUUCUGUUCAUAUAUACAAAACAAAAAUAUAUAUUUUUAAAUAUAAAAACAGGAAAAUGUGAUAAAAUGUAGUUACAAGAUUUCAAAUUGGUACAUUUCUUCAGUAUCCCUAUGUGACGUCAACUAUACCAUGGGGUUCAAGGUUGUUGCGGCGCCUCCGGUGACAUCAUCGCGCACAGACGUCCGUAAUGGACUUGCAGCUGUUCUUUGACAAACAAUAACAAGAGCGGCUAGCGACAUCGCGACGAGCAAACAGUGGCGGCUCUCGUAUCAGUAACCGCGGUGAAAUUUAGCCUGUAAGGCAUCUCCACUCUGACAUUGCCGGGGUGGAAACUCUGGCCUCCGCUUCCUCCUCCGACGACUCGGAACCCAGCGGAGCUUCGCCGCCCCCGCGGAAAAAAAGCCGAGGCUCGGCGGCGGAGGGAGCAGGAGAGAGCGGGGCGUCUGCUGCCGGGAUCACGGGCCUCUCUGCGGCUUCUCUCCCAACCCCCUACCAGCGCUCAUCCAUCCGCCUCAAUAACAGCCCACCUCCGCUCAGAUCCGGCGCUUUAAACGCGUUGUACAACAUGCAGACCAACGGGACCGGAGGACAAGAGCCAGAACCGGAGCUGUCGUGCAGGAACGGAGAGUCGUCGUCCUCCACUGCGGAAGUUGUACACCCCAACGGGCUUCUGUCCUCCGCUAAUAACGGGCUGCCUUCCACCGAGAGCUCGGCCCCGGACACCAGCAUGAAGAAGAAGAAGCGACUGUCACAGAGCGAUGAGGAUGUGAUCAGACUGAUAGGACAACAUCUACACGGACUAGGACUCAAUUGUUGCAGUCAAACUGUGGACCUGUUGAUGCAGGAAUCAGGCUGUAGACUGGAGCAUCCUGCUGCCACCAAGUUCCGGAAUCAUGUGAUGGAGGGAGAGUGGGAAAAGGCUGAGAGUGACCUCAAUGAGCUGAAGGCACUGAUGCAUUCACCCAGCGCUGUUGUGCGGAUGAAGUUUUUGCUCCUGCAGCAGAAGUAUCUGGAGUAUCUGGAAGAUGGGAAGGUUCUGGAAGCUCUGCAGGUGCUCCGAGCCGAGCUCACCCCACUGAAGUACAACACUGAACGCAUCCACGUGCUCAGCGGGUACCUGAUGUGCAGUCACUCUGAUGAUCUGCGUGCUAAGGCAGAGUGGGAGGGGAAAGGGACAGUCUCUCGUUCCAAACUCCUCGACAAGCUGCAGACAUAUCUGCCCCCGUCUGUGAUGCUGCCGCCCCACCGUCUUCAGACUCUGUUGCGUCAAGCUGUGGAGCUGCAGAGAGAUCGCUGUCUGUACCACAACACCAAACUGGACAGUGGGCUGGACUCCGUGUCGCUGCUUAUAGACCAUGUGUGCAGCAGGAAACAGUUCCCCUGCUACACCCAACAGAUCUUGACAGAGCACUGCAAUGAAGUCUGGUUCUGUAAAUUCUCCAAUGACGGCACCAAACUGGCCUCUGGAUCCAAAGACACAACAGUCAUUAUAUGGCAGGUUGACCCUGAGACUCACCAGCUCAAGCAGUUGAAGACCCUGGAGGGUCAUGCCUAUGGGGUUUCCUAUCUGGCCUGGAGCCCUGAUGACAUGUAUCUGAUAGCCUGCGGCCCAGACGACUGCUCUGAGCUCUGGCUCUGGAACGUUCAGACAGGGGAGCUGAGAACUAAAAUGAGCCAGUCUCAUGAGGACAGCCUGACCAGUGUGGCCUGGAACCCAGACGGCAAGCGUUUCGUUACCGGAGGGCAGAGAGGCCAGUUCUACCAGUGUGAUCUGGAUGGAAAUCUUCUGGACUCGUGGGAGGGUGUGCGUGUGCAGUGCAUGUGGUGUUUGAGUGACGGCAGAACAGUCCUCGCCUCUGAUACACACCAGCGGAUCCGUGGAUAUAACUUUGAAGAUCUGACUGACAGGAACAUUGUUCAAGAGGACCACCCCAUAAUGUCCUUCACCGUGUCAAAGAAUGGAAGAUUAGCUCUGUUGAAUGUCGCAACUCAGGGAGUUCAUCUGUGGGACCUACAGGACCGGGUUUUAGUCAGAAAGUACCAGGGUGUGACUCAGGGCUUCUACACCAUCCACUCCUGCUUCGGUGGCUAUAACGAAGACUUUAUUGCUAGUGGCAGUGAAGACCACAAAGUUUACAUCUGGCACAAGCGUAGCGAGCUGCCCAUCGCUGAGCUGACGGGUCACACGCGCACAGUGAACUGCGUAAGCUGGAACCCAGUGCUGCCGGGAUUGAUGGCCAGCGCCUCAGAUGAUGGCACUGUACGGGUCUGGGGUCCCGCCCCCUUUCUGGACUCUCAGGAGACAGAGGGGCUAAAUGGGCUGUCCACAACCAGGAGAUGACAGAGGAGGAUCAAGUAACCAUGAGUUAACUCCCAAGUUUACAUCAAUAAAACGAAUGCUACAGCAUGGACAGUUGAUGUUGACUCUGGAGCAGAUGUCCACUUUGGAAAAUUUACAGUGAGACACACUAUAGACUUUGUGAAUGAAGAAUAAAAUCCUGACGUAAACAGCGGCAGACAGAUGUUCUUUUCUGGCGCUUUCACAUCCCCAACCAGCAAUGGAGUGGCAGCGUUUGCCACCAAAGACGUCAAUUCACUUGAAUGAAGCCGUUGCCCUUCGCCAUUUGACUUCAAACCCAUGUGGCACUAAAUGGUCAUGCCACACCCCUCACAGAGGACAUGCCCACCAUGGUUUAAGCUCCUCCUCUUUUCUACACUGCAUCCAGAGUGGACGACUGACUCCUGAACCCACACGCACACAUACAAAAACAAACGUCAUUCAAAACUUUAUUUAUUACGGCUUUAAUUUAUUAGUGUGAAUGAAUCAAGGCCUCAGGCUUGCUUUUUGUUUUUUACAAUAAUCACACACACAAAGUUGUUUUUCUGGCAUGUGUGAACACCGAAACCGGUCGUAAAAUAGGGCGGAACGGUGGAUUGGUCUAAAAGACCACUCACAUUACCGGAGGUGUUCUAUAGAGAACAAACCAUAUUUUUAUUUGUCAGCAUGAACUCUUGUGCCCUUUUAACCACCUCUUUGACAACAUAUGCUUGAAAGUCUUCACCAGCAGAUAUAUAUAUAUAUAAAACAAUUUUGUUUUCCUCCAAUUUUAAAUGACUGAAUUUACAGGCAUUUUUUAACAGCUUAAUCUUCCUUUGUUUUGAGAAUUCCAAUCAAGACCCCAAAUCACAAUGUUAUCGCUCUGUUCAUGAUUACAGUCCUUUAUUCUUUUAUUCUAUAAUGUGGUCAUUUUGAAAGGGCAAAGGUUUGCUAGUGUUGAUGGAUUAUUCAUAAUUUUUUAUUCAAAUACUUGAGAUGAGCCGACACAGAUUGACCAGGAAAGAUACGUAACAGGACAUGGUUAUGUUUUGUUAACAGGGUUAAAAACUAACCCACAACAGAUAAAAAUGCCAUAUUUGAGGCCGUGAGGCUUGCUUAGACUUGCAGCAUGCUAUACGUCCUGCUAGCAACAAACUAAUGUCAUGUAAAUAUUGGCCUUCAGUGUGCAUACUUUGUCUUUGUAAGUGGCUAAUAGUUGUUUGUAUAAUGGUUGAGGUCAUUUUUGAAGUGAAUUUACAGACUCGGUCUAAGGCCACAUCUACACUAAUCUAUUGUCACUUGAAAACUCAGUUUUCAGUUUCCUAACAUGAUUGUUUUUCAGUGUAUGUGGGAAUGCAGAACGUGUUCCAAACACUCCAUUUUUGGUGAAGGAAAACGGUAUUCUAGUGUGGAUGAGAGACGUAAGUGUAGCGAAAUUUCACUAGAUUUACACCUCGCCUAAUACGUUUCCGCCCCUCAUGCACAAUAGAAUAGCGCUAUUCUCCACCGAAAACAGCGUUUCUAAAACGUUCUCCAUUCCCGCAUAAACUUAGCCAAAUAGGUGCGUUUUAAACGAAAAUAUGCCUAAUACAUUUCUGUUUGAAAACUCAUUGAUUUUGCUAAGUUACCACCUCUCAUCCACACUAGAACGGCACUUUCCUCCACCAAAAACAGAGCAUUUAAAAAACAUUUUCCAUUCCCACAUAAACCUCAAAGUGUAAAUGAAGCAAAAUCAGUGAGUUUUCAAAUGAAAAUUUGCCUAAUACUUUUUAGUUUGAAAACGCAUUAAUUUUUGCUGCGUUUGCACCUCACAUACACAAUAGAAUGACGCUUUUCUCCACCAAAAACAGCAUUUCUAAAAAGUAAACGUAAACAUGCAAACAAAGCGAAAUUGAUGCGUUUUCAAACAAAAAUACGCCUAAUACGUUUUUAUUUGAAAACAUAUUGAUUUUGCUACGUUUAUGCCUCUCAUUCACACAAAAACAGGGUUUCCCUCCACCAAAAAACAGAGCAUUUUGAAAACGUUCUCCAUUCCCACAUAAACGUAAACAUGCAGACAUGGGGAAAUCAAUGGGUUUUCAAAUGAAAAUAUGCCUAAUACAUUUCUGUUUGAAAACUCAUUGAUUUUGCUAAGUUACCACCUCUCAUCCACACUAGAACGGCGCUUUCCUCCACCAAAAACAGAGUAUUUAAAAAACGUUUUCCAUUCCCACAUAAACCUCAAUGCGUGAAUAAAGCAAAAUCUGCGCGUUUUUCAGUUGAAAACACGUUGAUUUCGUUUACGCCUCUCAUUCACACAAAAACUGCUUUUUCCUCCACCGAAAAACGGUGUUUCGACAUCGAUGCGUUUUCAAACAAAAAUAUUUUGAAAAGGCAUUGAUUACAGUACGUUUGUGCCUCUCAUCAACACUAGAAUGGCGUUUUCCUUCACCGAAAACAGUGUUUCAAAGAGAUUUCUCCGUUCCCGCAUAGUUUGGAAAACGAUGACGUUAGGAAACUGAAAAAAAGUUUUCAAACGAAAACGGAUUAGUGUGGAUGUGGCCUGAGGUACACUGGCGAAAUAAGAAUCUAAAUGUGUUGUCAUGUUAAGUAUGCCAGCACAUUGAAUGGACCCCCAAAUAUUAUUCUUGUGUACAUGUUUGGUCUGGUUUCCAUUUAUAUUUGUCCCCUCUCAUUCCAUAUUGUCCCCUUUCGGUCUUCUCAUUUUUGUAUUUUUUUUUAUCCUUUUCAAAUGUAUAUGAAUCCACUUAUGAUUUUCAGUUUUAUUCACUUUUAUUUUGGUUUGAGUUAUUGCUUUUUUCCCUUGUAUUAUAACGGAUGUCUUGGCAAGUAGCCUCUGAACUGCUUUUUUCUAUUCUUAAUUUCUUAUACUUUCGUACCAUAUCACGCAUUAGUACACACAGGUGUACCCUAUAAUGAUUUAAGUAUUCAGAGCUAAAGAAACUUUGCCUACUAUGAUUUCUUCUGUAAUUGUGUUCAUUUAUAUAUGAAGAAUCUAUAGAUAUAUAGAUAUAUAUAUACAUAGGUGUGUGUAUCUUUUGCCAUGUAUCCUCCCUUACAAAUGUUAACUGUUUCUCACCUGCAUCAGGUAAACUUCUCUGUACAGGUUAUUCAUACCCCAACCAGCCAAACCUGUUUUGUUUCCGAGGAGUGACGCGCACAAACAAACAAAAAACAGGUGCAUGCGGAAAACGCCGUCACACACAUGCGAUUCAACAACAAAGAUAUCACAGAAUUGUGGUGUUGUACAUUCUGGUUUAUGCAACCUAACCUUUUCUUCUGAAUAUUUGUGUUUCAUUUGAGGUCUUAGUUUGACUUGUGCUAUGAGCCAGCGGGGUAACAGUAGCGGCCUGGGUGAAGUUCUGGGCUUUAAGUUUAUUGCAGUCAAGUUCUGACACAUCUGUUUUGCAUUUCAGUGUGUUAUUAUUCUAAGUCAUUGUACUAUUAAGUAAUGUUAUGUAGGAGAGGUGUUAUGUAUACAUACUUUCAAUAAAGCAUUCAGGGUUUUAAACUA